AUGCUAUCUUUUUCUCAUUCUCGGUUUUUACUACGCAGUAAUGGAAUUCGAAGUCCGAAGGGUUUUUUGACCUCGAAUGUUGCUUUUAUCACUAGUUGGGCACAUGUUCCUCAAGGACCACCUGAUGCUAUCCUUGGUAUUACUGAUGCUUACCGAAAGGAUAGUCAUCCGAAAAAAAUGAAUUUAGGAGUUGGCGCAUAUCGAGAUGAUACGGGAAAGCCUUAUGUAUUGAAUGCUGUUCGAAAGGCAGAAAAAAAAAUUUUUGAGGAUAAAUUAGAUAAAGAAUACCUUCCUAUUACUGGUCUUGCAUCUUUUACUAAGGAAGCCGCAAUUUUAGCGUAUGGUAAUGAAUCUGAGCCAUUGAAAGAGGGGAGAGUUUCCAUCACACAAUCAAUUUCGGGUACAGGUGGUCUUCGAAUUGGAGGAGUAUUUUUAAAUAGAUUUUAUCCACAUAAUAAAACAAUAUAUUUACCAACUCCAACGUGGGGUAAUCAUAAUGCAGUAUUUAAGGAUUCGGGACUUGAAAUUUCUCAAUAUAGAUAUUAUGAUAAAUCAACUUGUGGAUUAGAUUUCAAUGGUUUGAUAGAAGAUAUUAAGAAUGCUCCCAAGAAUUCAAUCUUUUUGUUACAUGCUUGUGCUCAUAAUCCUACUGGAGUUGAUCCUACACCACAACAAUGGGAUGAAAUUUCUCAAAUUAUAAAAGAACGUGACCAUUUUCCAUUUUUCGAUAUGGCAUAUCAAGGAUUUGCGUCAGGUGAUACCAAUCGAGAUGCUUACGCUAUUCGAAAAUUUAUUUCCGAUGGACAUAGAUUAGCUUUAACUCAAUCAUUUGCUAAAAAUAUGGGAUUAUACGGUGAAAGAGCUGGUGCAUUCUCAAUAAUUACUGGAAAUUUAAAAGAAAAAGCGGCAGUAGAUUCACAACUCAAAUUAGUGAUUAGACCAAUGUAUUCUAAUCCUCCAAUGAAUGGUGCCAGAAUCGCAAGUUAUGUACUUAGUGAUCCGGAAUUAAAUAAAGAAUGGCUUGAUGAAGUGAAAAUGAUGGCUGAUCGUAUAAUCACUAUGCGUAGUAAACUAAAAGAACAUUUGAUAAAAGAUUUUGAAUCCAAACGUUCUUGGAAUCAUAUAACGGAUCAAAUUGGAAUGUUUUGUUUUACUGGAUUAACUCCUAAUCAGGUUGAAACACUCACCAAAAAAUUUCAUGUAUAUUUAACAAAAGAUGGUCGUAUUUCAAUUGCUGGAAUCUCUUCUAGUAAUGUUAAAUAUUUAGCUGAAGCAAUUCAUGAAGUAACAAAAUGA